AUGUCGCAUGAACCUACGAUUGACGACGAAGAUUAUGCCUCGUCCGAGGACUCGGAUUUUGCGCCAGAUGAAGCACCUGGGCACGGGGACGCUUCUUCUGACGACGAGGACGAAGCAUCCGGCGAUGCUGCUAAAUCGGCGGCUGUGAAACGGAAAAGACCAACGCAGGCUGGCGAUGGCGAUGAUGCAGAAGAUGCAGGGUUUGAAAACUCUGGCGACGAGGCGAUCAUUGGGAGGGGCAAGAAAAAGCAGAAGAAGGGCCGUCAGGCGCAACGCGACGAAGAUGAAGGUGGGCAGGGCGGCUUGAUCAAGACGCGGAGCAUGCGCGCUGUAGAAAAAGCCGAGCGCAAGACCCAAGCAGCGAGUGGCCCUGUGACUGUUGACGUCGAUGCACUAUGGGCUUCGAUGACAGCCGAGCCAGUCGUACCUACGAAACAACAACUUCAAGUGAGCUCACAAGGAGAGGAUGGUGAUGCUCCAAGGGAUUCCAGCUUGUCGAACGCCCCGGCGGCUGCUGGCAAGGAUGGCGAGCCCGGUGACAUGAUCAAGAUCAAGCGGACGUACAACUUUGCCGGCAAGGUCCACACCGAAGAGAAGCUCGUCCAGCGCGAUUCCGCCGAAGCAAGAUUAUACCUCGCCUCACAGGGCGAGAACGCCGAAAAUGCCGAGCCCGACCAGCCAGACAAGCGCAUGCCGCGCAAGGCCUUCCGCUCGAUCUUCGAGCCCGUGGUAAAUAUCGGGGAGCAGAACCAGCGGGCGGACCUGAACCUGGGGAUGGCGAUGAGGCUACAGGCGAGGCAGGAGAAGGCCAAGAAGCUCAACACGGUCGAGAAGUCGCGCAUGGACUGGGCCGGGUUUGUCGAUAAGGAAGGCAUCAAGGACGAGCUGGCACUUGCGGGCAGGGCAAAGGGGGCAUUUGCGGACAGGCAAGACUUCCUUGCGCGGAGCGAGGCUAGGAGAGAGGAGGAGGCGAGGCGGGCCAGGAUAGCUUCCAAGGUGUGA